AUGCAGAGCCUUGGCAAGGAGAACCACAGCUCUGUGUCUGAGUUUAUCCUCCUUGGCUUCUCCAGUGAAUCACCAAUCAGAACAGUCCUGUUUACCUUCUUCCUCCUCCUCUACCUCAUCACACUACUGGGCAAUGGGCUCAUCAUCACCCUCAUCUACUUGGAUUCACACCUCCACACACCAAUGUAUUUCUUUCUCAGCAUCCUCUCCUUGGUGGACAUGAGCUAUAUCACCACCACUGUGCCCCAGAUGUUGGUUAAUAUGGUUUGUCCAAGAAGGACCAUCUCAUGGGGAGCUUGUGUAGCCCAGAUGUUCAUCUUCUUGGUCUUAGGCAUUGCUGAGUGCGUCCUGUAUGCCAUUAUGGCCUAUGACAGGUAUGUGGCCAUUUGCUUCCCCCUUCACUAUACCCUACUCAUGAGUAGGCCCAUUUGUAUCAAGAUGAUGGCAGCCUGUUGGUCCAUUAGCAUAGGUGGGGCCUUGAUCUACACUGUCUUCACCAUGCGUCUGCCUUACUGUGGCCCCCAUAAAAUAAACCACUUCUUCUGUGAGGUCCCUGCAGUACUGAAGUUGGCUUGUGCAGACACAUCCUUUAAUGACAGGUUGGACUUUGUCCUGGGUUUCAUCCUACUUUUGGUCCCACUUUCCCUCAUAUUGGCCUCUUAUGUCCGUAUCUUUGCCUCUAUCUUAAGAAUUCGCUCAUCCCAGGGUAGGCUCAAAUCCUUCUCCACAUGUGCUUCCCAUGUCACUGUGGUCACUAUGUUCUAUGGGCCAGCCAUGAUCAUGUACAUGAGGCCUGGCUCCUGGUAUGACCCAGAGAGAGACAAGAAACUAGCCCUCUUCUACAAUGUUGUCUCUGCCUUCCUCAACCCCAUCAUCUACAGCCUCAGGAACAAGGAUGUAAAGCGUGCCUUUGAGAGAGUACUUGGUGAUAGGAUAGCUCAGAGACUUAGAAUAUUUUUCAGAGUUGUUCAGGGUCCUACAAAGACUUCAUGUGGCUCAGGUGAUAUCAUCAAAGUACAUCAAACUGACCAUCUAUAA